AUGUCGCUUGGUACGCUACUUACUUUAUUUAUCAUCACAAAUUGGCAGUUUUUCCAAGUUGAAGGUACAAAGUGCAUAUAACCAAUUAAUAAAUAAAGUACUAAUAAAAACGAUCGGGUGUUGACAAUCGUGUUCAAUUAGAUGAACUAUGAUUGCUCAAAAAGAACCAAAUUAAUGUAUAUACUGUUGUACAUUUAACAAUUAGACAACGAAGCCGAGUUGUCUAUAUGAGCGAGUAGUCAACGAGGCGAAGCCGAGUUGACUGAUUCGCUCAGAGACAACGAGGCUGAGUUGUCUAAUUGUUUUAGUAUAAACUACGGUACAUAAAGAAAACUGAAUUCUUCAAUUGCUUUUUAUGUAAAUUAACAACUUUUUAUAGAAAUGAGCGUUUAAAUGCCUUACUUUCGCAAUAUUUCGCCUCGGCCUUGUUGACAACUAAUCAGUGUUGCGAACUCCCAAGAAUGACUUGGAAGAUUGGGCGUUGUGAAAAUCCGGAAUAUCACGGAAUAUGGCGGAAUCUCACGGAAUAUGGCGGAAUAUCGCGGAAUAUUGCGGAAUAUCACGGAAUAUCGCAGAAUAUGGCGGAAUAUCACGGAAUAUGGCGGAAUAUCACGGAAUAUCAUGACAUUUUCCCGGAAUAUACCUGAACAUCACGAUAUUUUCCGAUGGUAGCCAUGCGACUGUUUAUAAAGGCAUGGACGUCUGACAACAUAUUUUAUUACAAAAGCGAUGGAUCUUUCCCAUUUUGACGGUAAGUAACAAACAAUAACUCUAUACUGCAAGUUUUAUAUGUUGUUUAUAUCAUUAUUACGAGUGUUCACCAAAAAUUUUGAAGCAAUAUGAUUAAUUGCUCUUGAGUUACAGCAUCUUGAAAAAUAUAAGUGCUGACGACAGCACUUUUGUUUUUCAAGACCUGCCAAUGAGAUGCAUGUAUUCCUCUGGCAAAUAGGCACCGUCAUCCCUAUUCACAGCAUAACUACUCACAUUUAUAUGCCAUGCUUCUAGGCAUAAUCUUUGACCAUGAUAGCGAUUGUUUGUGGUAAUUACUUUACUAGAGUUUUCUCACACAAUCUCGUCUGUACUCAGGAGGAAUGAAUCAUAUUGAUUCAAAAUUUUUGGUGAACACUCGUAAUAAUGAUAUAAACAACAUAUAAAACUUCCAGUAUAGAGAUUAGAGUUAUUGUUUGUUACUUACCGUCAAAUUGGGAAAGAUCCAUCACUUUUGUAAUAAAAUAUGUUGUCAGACGUCCAUGUUAAUUUAUAAACAGUCGCAUGGCUACCAUCGGAAAAUAUUGUGAUUUCCGGUAUAUUCCGGGAAAAUGUCGUGAUAUUCCGCCAUAUUCCAUGAUAUUCCGCCAUAUUCCGUGAUAUUCCGCCAUAUUCCGUGAUAUUCCGCCAUAUUCCAUGAUAUUCCGCCAUUCCGGGUUUUCACAACGCCCCGUGGAACAUACGACUUGUGAAUUGUAAAAAGUUUAAAAAUAUGUCGUAAAACAGUUUAUUGUAUAAACAUAAGUGUUAUAUAGAGUUUUUGGCCACUGAGAAAAAUGGUAUUUAAACACACGUAAAAAAUACGAUAUUUUACGUGCAUGUGAAAAUAUCAUUUGUUGUAAAACGCAUUGCCACGGACGUUUUAUUGUUUUUCACUGAAUUUUGUUUAUAUAAUAAACAGAAAAAUUCAUGGGUGCUUGGAAAUACCAGAUUUAUUUCUCGUGUUGAACAUGAUAUCUCACUCGUUCGCUGCGCCCACUCGUGAGAUAUCAUGUUCGACACUCGAAAUAAAUCUGGUAUUUCAGCGCACCCACGUAUUAUUCUCUACAUAAUAGUAAAGGGGUCGUUCUACCAGAAAAGUUUGGUUAAUGGACCUUUAACCUUAUAACUAAAAUUUUGAUCUAGACAAAAUUUCAUCACAGCUUGAAAGAGCAUCCCAAAAUUAGUAAUAUUCCGAAGUUUCGUUGCGAACUGUUGUAAAAUGCGGAUAAUAUAGCCCUGCGAAGUUUGCAAUUUUCAGUCAUUUUAGAUUACAAAUGGGAAAUUGAUACCCAUGCAAAUUGGGUGUUUAGGUAUCAAUUUCCCGUUUGUAAUCUAAAAUGACUGAAAAUUGCAAACUUCGCAAAGGCUAUAUUAUCCGCAAAAUUGAGAAAACUUUAAAAUUUUACCGUAAGCAUGUGUCCGCAGUUCCCAAGAGUCUUUGUUUGUCACUGUGUAAUCCAGAACGAAAAUUAGGUUAUUUUGAUAACUUUUCCCUUUAAAUGCAGCUUUCAAUACUUAAAAAAACAGCCAUUGACUCUCGCGCCCUUCGCUGCUUAUUGCUACUAGUAGGCUAUCACUAAUAGCCUAGCUACUAUAUAGUAGCGUAGCCAAUCAGAACGCACGAUACAUGAUAGCCUAUAGGUUUAUACUAAUUAGCGAUAUACUGUAACAUGUUCUAUAUGUGUAUUUUGGCGAAACACGUUCCAAGAAGCGCGUUAGAACAAGGAUUUCAUUGUAUUUCACUGUACAAUAUACUAAGCUAUAAUUAUAGUAGUAGAGAAUAUGCUAUCCGGUUUCAAAAAGCGAACAUAUACUUGUUGUUCGGAUGCAAUUGACUUGUAAUAAUUGUUAUACCAGUAUAUUCAGUUAAUAGGCGGCUUCGCUGAGCCAUGGAAACUAUAUUCCACUUUAUUUUCUAAUGGCUCACGUUUUAUACAGAUUUACAUGCAGGAUGCAUAAGAAACAUAAUUCGAAUAACAUAUUAUCAUGUCUUAGAUACGUAUACAGAUUUACUUUUCCCAUACUAAUAAAGAUUAGGCUUUCUGCUGUCAAAUAACACAUUCAUUGCGACCAAAAAAGGCCAAAUAUGACCCGAUUUUAAAGUCCCUAUUCAAAACUGAAUUUUUCCACUUAUAUGUCUGAAAUUGCAUGAUUAAUUAAAGAUAGCGGAACGUAUGGGUUAAUUAUCAAGUCUUGGUAAAUUUAAAGACGAUUCAACUGGCGAUUUAAUCAAGAACGAAAUUUAGUGAUUAAAACUUUUUCCCAUAUUGGACGUUUGCAGACAGAACCCGCGAUGCCAAACCUACCUCAAAUUUUCGGGAAAAUGUUAAAAAAUUGGAAGAGAAUUUCCAAAUCAGUUCCCAAACGUGAAAAAAUGCGAUUUCGACCCGCCACUUUUCAUCGCAUCGUAUUUGGCCAAUUUUUAUCGAAAUGGUAUAAAAGAGAUGUUGUUUGAAAGUUAAAACUAAAGGCCUGGGGCUAAGAUUGUACGAAGGCAGGAUAGCGCUUUCCGACCGAUUCAGGCAGGGGCGAAGACAGCCCAAAACGAGUGGAGAGGAGUCCACGUUGUAUACACAGAAAAACUAGAGGAUCUGGUUGUCCAUGGGCAUAUUCCCCUGGAAAAUUUCUCUAUUUUUAGGUUCAUGCAUUUUAUAGACACGCUUUGUGAUAAUCUGAAACGCACGGAUUUGGUAUAUUUUUUCUCAUGGAUAAAAGCAUUACGAGGUUACGCCUCCCAGUUUCGCCUUAGUUUUGGAAGAUUUACAUAUUAAAUUGGCCUGUAGAGUAUUGGUGGACGAGAGAGGGGGGAGUCAAGAACACCCUCCAUUCCCCCGUGACUACGCUCCUGAUCAGAUUCAGAGUCAUUUUUCGAACCCUUCUACAAUUUCUUGAAAAGUACGUUGAAGAAACUACGGAUAUGGACAUCACCAUAAUCCGAAAGAAACGUAAAUUUAUAAAUACUUAUGUUUGAUGUGGUAUUUCUAUAGACUUAAUAUCAUUCUAACGCGCGAUAACAUGUGAGAAUCGUCGAGAAUCUUUUUUAUACACUUGCAUGUAUAAGCAAAACGCCCGCAGCAACUCUUGUCAGAGCAGACUACGCACACUACAUUUAGUUUGGGCACAGAUUAUAUAAAGGACAUUUUUAACUUUACUUUUCUCAUCUGUGGUUACUUUCACUUUCAGGGAACGUUGGACAGGAAUACAUCUUCUAUUCCAACGCAACACACAUUUCAUACGUUUCUGUUGAUGGCGGAGAAUCUACAGCUAUCCUAUCAGCACAAAGUGCUACCCUAGGUUACGAUGAACAAAACUAUCGCCUCUGGUAUUAUGAUACAGUGGGAGUCACUCUCCACAACGCUAAUUUGGACGGUAGCGAUUUGCGUACUCUGUCGGUUCUAUCAAAUUUUGGUCCAUUUACAGUUGAUGCAGUGAAUCAAAGUAUAUACUACCUAAACAACGACGAUAAUAGCGUCAAAUCAAUUGAUUAUAACGGUAAUCUCUUUCCAGAAAUUGCCGCCUUACAGAGUGGCAGUGAUUUUAAGGACUUACAAAUUGACGCCUAUAACAGGUACUGUGGUAUAGGCCACAAUAUAUUAUAACAUAUAGCUAUAUACUGUAAGUAUAGAUUAUAGUAUGGUUUCGACAGAAACGUCGGAGAAACGUAUGCACUGAUUUGUAGUCUUUGAAAAACUCACGAGUGUUGUUUCUCCAAAUCAUAUUUAGGGCAAGUGGCACUCAGUACAUUUUAAUUACCUUUCACGUAGAUCGUUAUUCCUCACCACCGAUAGAAUGAACUCUCGAAACCUUAUCCGGUACAGUCUGCCUGAAGACGCUGAACUAACGAUCGACGAUAACAUAACUGGAAUAGGAACACAUCUUGCUGUUGAUACCUCGAACAAAAUUGUAUAUUGGAUUCAUUUUACGGAUGACACGGAUUAUAAAAUAUACAAAACUACAUAUGAUGGUCAAACAUCACAGAUAGGACCUGAACAAACAGGAAGUCUUACCACUGUUGAUAUUGGAGAGGGGAAUGGAUUCUUCUAUAUUCUUGAUUCUGGAACGUCAGAAGUCAGAAAAUAUAACAAAACAACGGAUACAGUAGACAGCACGAUUUCACUUUCACCUGGGGCAGCACGAAUGAUUGUUGUAGCUGGUACGUAAUAAAUGAAGUAGGCUACAGGUGUAAUCAUGUUCCCCGGAAAUGCAAUAACCGCGUUCCGCAUUCAAUCUGAAGGAUUGGAUUGAUUUAAUGGCCAUGGACCAAUAUUAUGGCUGUUUAAUUAAAAAAGGGGUAAUUAAACCUAUUGAUACUUAAUACAACUGAAACAUGAUCUUGAGGGUCCUUCCAUACAUGAUCACGAUUAUGAUCUCGAUGAUGAUCUCGAUGGUCAUUUGCCGCGAACCACACUAUAUUUAAAAGUCUAUAAUGUUGACUCUUCGAUCUACACCAAUUAUCAAUAUUAACAAUCCAUGCAGGGAGUGCCAAAAUUCAUCUCUUAGAUUGAACUUCGAUGCAUACAGCUUUCGCAUUUUUUUCGCACACCCACAGUGUGUAUAUAUAUACAUCGCUAUUGCACACUCAGCAAUACGGGUCGAACAUAAUUUAAGUUAGCUAUGAACGAAGAUGAUAGGAAUAAAACUAUGCUUGUCUCAUUUGAUGUUUGACUCUUCCAAAUUGAUGCACGAAGACUGUUACCCUUCUUUUUUUUCUCGUAGAGGUGUAGUCAUGAGGGAGGCAUGGGGGGUGGACCCCUCCCCCAGGUCGUCCAGGACUGCCAGAUGAUUAGACCUGCCCCUCGUUUGGGGUUGGCCAUGCCCCUGCUUUCUCUGACAAAGCGAGAUUUUCGCUUGGAUUUAGACAAUAUGUUGAAACACGAUGUUCACUUCAAUUUCAUGUUCUCGUCCGCAUAUUGAACCAAGAUCCCAGAUGGUGGACUGCUCCCUGUUCUUGGCCUAAAUGUUUCUAAAAUUAAGGUCUUCAUAAUUAUGUCAUUUUAAAAGUCUUUUUAAAUACGACAAACUCAUCUGGUGCUGUCAUUUCCCUAUAAUUUGUAUCAUUACCCCCUAAAUUUUUAUACCUUGGUUUUUCACAAACGGAUUGGGUAUGAAACUGCAUCACUUCUGCUAUUUCGAAUGUUUCUUUUAAUUUUGUUGAUUUUUAUAUAAUUAAACAUCAUUGUAAACUCUUUUGUUUUCUAGACAAGGACAGCUGUGCGGUCAACAAUACUUGUCCAGCAAACUCGACAUGCACAAACAUUCCUGGUACUAUCGUUUGUUCAUGUAAUACUGGAUUCACUGGCAAUCAGACAUUUUGCCAAGGUACACAUAUAUUUUUUCGUAAUGCUAAUGCAAUUGCCAUGUUAGCAGGCCAAAGAAUGUGUUUUAUCCUAUUAUUUGUUUUCGUCAUUGGACCUGUCGCGGGAACAAAUUAAAAAUCAGUCUCUGUAACUUGUCCCAUCGUAUGACCGAAUCUUUAACAUUAAGACCUGUUUACACUUUUUACUACAAUUUUUGCUGCGAUUUUAGGUGCGAUUUUCUUCUUCUGAUAUAUGGAACGAGUGGAUGAGAUAGGAAUGUUUAGACUAGAGAACAUAUACUCAGAGCAUACUUUAACAGUUUACCUAUUUACUAGUUCACAGCCAUGAGAAGAGGAAAAUCGAACCAAAAAUCGCAGCAAAAAUUGCAAGUGUAAACGGGCCAUUAAAUGCAGAUUUUAUUCAGAAUAUAAUAAUUAUAAACACCAUCAAUGUUCUUUAGUCUUUACAACGAAAGUCACAAUUUGUAAAACUUUCUUAUUGAUCUUCUCUUUGAGAAGUAGAUUCUUUCAAUUAUAUAUAAUAUAUUCAAUUCCCCAUUUGAAGGUUUAAAAUAAAAAAGCUAAUAAUGUAUAAUGGGACGUAUAAGAUGCCUUCAAGGCUUAUAAGUACACUUUGCGCUUCAUCCAAGAAAGCAUUGGGCAUUCCUGUUUGAAUUCUACUCGCAUAAUUCAGUAAUAUUGACAUUUGAUUUAUAUUAUCUUUUACUCUGCAGACAUCAAUGAAUGUACGGAAAGUCCAUGUGGUUUCAAUUCAAACUGUACAAAUAUCAUUGGUUCAUUCCUUUGUGAAUGUCAAACUGGGUUUGAAGGAAACGUUACAAAUUGUACAGGUAACUUGUAGUUUUAUUUUUUUUACCUAUCAGUAGCCAAAAGCCAUCGCGGGAGCAUCUUUUGUAUUAGCAGCGCCUUGGUAUCAGCUAGUCCAGUUAGGCAAAAAGAGUGGAAUGAGUCUGGGACAGGGCAUCCAGGGGCGUAGCCAGCCUCAGACGAGUGGGAGUCUAAUUGUCUGUCCGGUAGCAUAAUUCUCCAGAACACAUUCUUAUUUUUAGGUCUGAGAAACGCUAUUUCAUGCAUUCUAGACAUAUUUCAUGAUAUAUUUGAUAUAUUAUAUUUCAUGCUGUAGAUAAAAAUUAAGAGAUUAAGCCCCUCCAGUAUCUCCCUAGUUUUGAAAGAGUAUUUAAAUUUGGUCCUGAAAUAAAAUGUGCGCCUGUGUGUGUGGGGAGUGUGGGAGGGGGCGGAGGAGACCCUCCCGUGGCUACGUCUCCGGGCUUUAAUUCAUCAGUUUUCAAUACACGCGUCAGACAUAUUAACUAAUUAGCCUCAUCACUUUGUAAAAAUCCACAUAUCAACUGCUUUGAGGUUAUAUAAAAAUAUUAAAAACACGUGCACAGGGCCGCCAAGAGGGGGCAAAGGGGGCAAUUCGCCCCGGGGCGCAUGCUUAAGAGGGCCCCAAAAGGGAACUUUAGGGAGUGGAAGUGGUCCUCAAAAACUCCCUAGAGGUUAUUUUGCCCAGGGUCCCAAAAAUCUCUGGGCGGUCCUGCACAUGCAGGUAAAGUCUUUGAGAGUCAUCUCAUGUGACCAAAAUAAUCACAAUGACCACGCGAAUUAUCUGGCGUUAGCUAGAAUAAAAUAUCAUGAACGUUGGGCUUGAUAUGUGAAUAUCCCCAGAAGAAUCAAUACAGUAUUCUAGAAAACUUUCAAAAUAACUACAAUUACCAUAUAUCACCAUCAAGGUACAUAUUUAUUAUUUCUUAGAUAUCAACGAGUGCCAAACUGAUCCUUGUGAUGUUAAUGCAGCUUGUACGAAUACCAACGGUUCUUAUUCAUGCAAUUGUAACGCGGGUUAUGAAGGCAACGGAACCAGCUGCACAG